AUGCGGUCGUUCACUCCUUUGGUUCUGAGCCUCCUCGGAGCUGCGGCAACUGUUUCUGCCACUGAAGCCAAUUCAGCAGAAUCCAAUGUCCUUUCCUUGACCCAGGAUACUUUCAAUGACUUCGUGAAAGAGCAUGACUUGGUUCUGGCUGAGUUCUACGCACCGUGGUGUGGCCACUGCAAAGCGCUGGCCCCUAAGUAUGAAGAAGCAGCUACAGAGCUCAAGAGUAAGAACAUCCCUCUGGUGAAGGUGGACUGCACUGCAGAAGAAGAGCUAUGCCGAAGCUUCGGAGUCGACGGUUACCCUACCUUGAAGGUGUUCCGUGGCCCCGAAUCACACAAGCCAUACGGUGGCUCCCGCCAAACAGACUCAAUUAUCUCAUACAUGACGAAACAGUCGAUGCCCGCCGUUUCCACCGUGAACGAAGAAAACCUAGAGGAAUUCAAGACCCCAGAUAAGAUUGUGAUCGUUGGUUACAUCGCCUCGGACGAUAAGGCCUCUAACAAGUCCUUCACUUCUUUCGCCGAAUCACAACGCGACAACUUCCUUUUUGGCGCCUCCAAUGACGCUGCUCUCGCCAAGGCCGAGGGCGUGAAGCAACCGUCGAUCGUUCUCUACAAGGACUUUGACGAGAAGAAGGCUGUGUACGAUGGCAAGCUUGAUGACGCAUCUAUCUUGGCCUGGACAACAACUGCCAGCACUCCCCUUGUUGGCGAACUUGGCCCUGAGACGUACUCUAAGUACAUGGCAGCUGGCAUUCCUUUGGCAUACAUCUUCGCUGAGACUGCCGAAGAGCGGGAGAAGUUCGCGGAUGAUUUCCGUCCCAUUGCUGAAAAGCACCGCGGCGAGAUCAACUUCGUUACUCUCGAUGCCAAGCUUUUCGGCGCUCAUGCCGGUAACCUGAACCUAGAGCCAGAGAAGUUCCCCGCCUUCGCUAUCCAGGAAACCUCCAAAAACGCCAAGUAUCCCUAUGAUCAGUCAAAGAAGAUUGAUGCUAAGGAGAUCGGCAAGUUUGUUAAGGACGUCUUGGACGGCAAGACCGAGCCUAGCAUCAAGUCGGAGCCCAUUCCCGAGACCCAGGAAGGCCCUGUCACUGUCGUUGUGGGCAAAAACUACCAAGAGGUCGUGAUUGACAACGAAAAGGACGUGCUGCUUGAGUUCUACGCUCCUUGGUGUGGACACUGCAAGUCCCUUGCUCCCAAGUACGAGGAACUCGCUGCUCUUUACGCCAACGUGCCUGAAAAGGUUGUUGUGGCUAAGAUUGAUGCGACCGCUAAUGACGUGCCGGACUCCAUCACCGGAUUCCCUACCAUCAAGCUCUUCCCGGCUGGUAAGAAAGACGAGCCUGUUGACUACGAAGGCUCCCGUACAGUCGAGGACCUGGUCACCUUCAUCAAGGAGAACGGCAAGUACAAGGUUGAUGGUCUAGCUGAGACUGCUAGUGAUGCUGAGGAAGCUGAGGACGUUACUUCCUCUGCCUCAGCUGAGACACCCUCAUCAUCCGAGAAGGUGCAUGAUGAGCUUUAA